AUGACAGGAACAGAACGGAAGGUUUUUCAGAAAUACUAUCCACCGGAUUUUGAUCCGUCAAAGAUCCCCAGAGGGAAAGGGCAACGCAACAGACAGUUUAUUCAACGAGUUAUGGCGCCAUACAAUAUGCAGUGUAAUACUUGUCAUGAAUAUAUCUAUAAGGGAAAAAAGUUCAACAUGAGGCGAGAAACUGCUGAAGGAGAAUUUUAUCUUGGUCUAAAAAUAUUCCGUUUUUAUUUCCGAUGUCCAAAUUGUUUGGCUGAAAUAACUUUCAAAACAGAUUUGGAAAACUGUGAUUAUCAACAAGAACAUGGUGCCACCCGAUUGUUUGAGGCCUUUAAACUCUACCAGCAGGAGGAGAAAGCAAAGGAGACUCAAGAAGAAGAAGAUAAAAAGGACCCAAUGAAAAUGCUCGAGAAACGAACUAAAAUGAGUCGUGCGGAAAUGGAAGAAAUGAGGAAGUUGGAGGAAAUACAAGAAUUGAAAAGAAGGCAAGAAGCAGUUGGAAGUGAGGAAUAUUUAAAGUUGCAGGCUGAGGCCCAAGCGCAGGCCCUUCGGAGGCAGGAGGAAAAAGACGAAGAGUUUAUUAAGUCUUUAUAUGGGCGUACUGAAGAUGGCCAAAUAAUAAGAAGGAUUAAGGAUGAAGAUGAGGAUUAUGAUAUAUCUAUACCUGGACCUUCAAAAUCUGUAAAAAGUGAAGUGAAGGAAGAGGAAGAAUCCGAACCUCAUGACAGUAAGGAGAGUCUUUUCCAGCAGUCCAUUACGCCUAAAGAGGGAGCUGGCGGAGGUCACUACAGACGUUCAGUAUUAUCGAACCAAAAGGAGCUUUUAUCCAAGAUUGUGGUUACAAAGAGGAAAAAAGUUGAAGAUGUUCCACAAGCACUGAAAAAGCUCGAGAUAAAAGUCGAAAAUAAAGAAGAUGAGAAGACAAUUUUGAUAAAGACUGAAAACAGUGAAGAUAAGAAGACGACUGCAAGGAAUAUCAUUAAAUCUGAGCCAAAAACUGAGGAAUGUGAGGAACAAAAAAUUGAAGAACCAAGUGGCACAAGAACUGCUGUUGAACAAAAGCAGCAAACAAAUGCCCUCAGUAGUUUAUGUGACUAUGCUAGUGAUUCCAGUUCUGAAUGA